UUGUAAUACCAAUUAAUAUUUUACAGAUUCAGCAGAAAUAUUCUCAUUGCCAAUAUUUUGUAAGCCAAUCAUGAAUCAUGGUUUUACUUUUCUGUGGAUUUAAUAAUUCUAAUACAUGUUUAAAUGAGAAAUUUGCAAUGCCAAUUCUUUGCCAGCCUUUGCCUGCAACAAUUCCUGCUCGUCAGUUACCAUGUGGCCAUGAAGGAUCAUUAGAUUCUUGUAGAAAUGAAGCCACGCAAGAAGUUGAAGACAUAUUAUUUACCAAAGAGAAGAUCAUAUGGCUGUCUGGUUCAGCCUGGAUGAUGUUGAACCCUAGCCUUCAGGAAGAAUGCUACUUGAAACAAAGUCUGGAGAUCACUUCAUCUUCUGAUACACUUGGGGUUAUAACCAAAAACAAUGGAAUAUCACUAGUGCAAGCUGGCAUAUGGCAAGAGUUGACCCUGAGCUUCUCAUCUCAGACACGGAAUCAUAAUUUUAAUUCUGAAUGUUCUACUGUUAAACAACAUCCUUUGAAUGCAGCAAAACAAAAGUCACUUCCACAAUCUGUUGCUAUAUAUAAAAGUAGAUCCAACAUGCUACAAGAUACUACAUUGACUCUUAAUGAUAGCUUUGCCAGUGAUGGCGCAUAUGGACUGGGGUGUGAUAGCUCACCUCAGCAAAAUGAUGAAACUGAUGGACUGGAAACUAAGAACCUGAAACCCACAUUCAAGAACCUCAAGUUACUUGAGAACCGUAUUAUUCUUCUCGAUGUUGAUGGUGACACAUGGGAAGGAAAUGUAACCAACACCAGUUUGUGUACCGUGACUCCAUUGCUGCUGCGCCAUGCAGUGGCCGAGGUAGCGGUUGGUGCACAGCACUGCAUCCUCCGCACUGCACAUGGCGAGAUCUUCACAUAUGGAUGCGGCAUGAAAGGAGAACUGGGUGCUGGAGACCUCAAAUACUGCGACUCGCCGCGCCCUGUUACGCUGCUCGAAGGCAUCCACAUCAAGAAAGUCGCGGCCGGAGCGUGGCAUUGUCUAGCGCUUGGCGUGUUAGGCGAAGUGUUCGUAUGGGGCUGGAAUGUGCACGGCCAGUUGGGCCUGCCAUGCAAGCCGGGCGCCACCGCAGCCUCAAUGUUUGGAUGUGACCCUAUGUCUCGGUUCAGCCCAUGCGGCUGUACAAGUUCAUUAACUCCCACAUACUCCAUGUUGUCACCACCUACUUCCUGUGUUGCGACAUCACCUGAAUCUCAGAGUGAACUCCCUGGAAACUGUGCAGUGACAGAUAAAUGUCCUUUUAACGAUCAAAGUCCCGAGAAUUAUGGUGAUAUAAAAACGCCUGCAAGUUAUGACAGUGCCGCUCCGAGCAUCAAUUCUUCUCUUCUAUGUAAAAAAUUAGCACCCAAGAAAGUCGACUGCAUAAACGUUCAGAGCUGGCCAGUAAUGCUCGAAGCGUUUGGGGAUAAAGAUGUGCUGGAUAUCGCAGCAGGUGAUCGACACUCUUUAUUUCUGCUAGAAGACGGUCGUGUGUGGAGCUGCGGUUGGAACAAGUACGGGCAGUGCGGAGUGUGCUGGCGAGAGGGCGAGGUGAGAGCUCUUGCUCCUAUUCCCGGAUUGUCUGGAGUUCGUAAGCUAUGGGCGGGAUUUUGGUGCUCCGCCUUCUCUACUUCAUUACCAACCCAUCCAAAAAACUGAAUUCUUUAUAUUAAUAAAAAGCCAAUCUAUA